GGGCAAGUAGCUGGUAGCAGUCAAAGCAAAUAGGAAGACCUGGGUAAAUGCCAAAGUCCGGUGUAAUGGCGAGACCUGGACAAGUGGGCAAAUGGCUUACUAAUCAUUUACUAAUGAUUGUUCAAAAAUAAAUGUCUUUUUAUCGUUGCGUGGUAACAUUUUUCAUAGUUGGCUGUCACACUGACAAAUUUACAAGUGACAGUUAUUUGACAUGCUGAUCUUGUCACACUGUACGCCGUGCCAAGUAGAAACGAUUUAUAGUAUUUUUCCAUGAAACAGCUUAAAAAAUCUUCCAGUGAUUACUUAUAAAAAUCUCUCACCAUGUUUGCUAAACCGUAUAAAUUAAAAUCCAACAACACAUUGAAGAAUUCUGAGAAAAAACAUCUUGCUCAACGGAUAAUAGAUGAGUUCCCGUCUGCUACUGAAGAGAAAGUAAAAGAUUUAGUGCCGGUAAAGUCUAGUUGUAUAUGUAUGAAGCUGGUGCUACAUUCUGGUGACUUAGUGAACGUGUAUUCUGUGGACGGGGUACCGAUGGUGAUUGAGACGAGCGAAAGGCUGGUGCCGACAGUUUGCGCCCUCUGGAAGGUGCCCGAUAUAUUGCCCGUCCUUGUAAUCCACUCACCAGUGCUGCCGAAGGUGCAAGGUGGUGCCCCGGUGUACCUGCCUGGAGUGGCGGUACCAGCCGGUGGUGUGGGGUUCCCUAUAUUCCAACGAGGCGCACUCUUAGCCCUAAGUACACAGGACAAUGCUGCCGCCUGCAUUGUAGGUUGUGCCGCUAUGUCCAGUGCUGAUAUGCUGUUGAGAGCUGCUGGGGUAUGUCUUGAAACCCUUCAGGUGUUAGGUGACCAGUUGUGCAAGGAUCCCAAAUUUAUUAAGAUUGACCGGCCUAAACUGGGUCCUGCAUCCUACAGUCAUGGAGAUAUUACAAUUGAUCUUGCUACAGAUCUCAAUCAGCUAAACCUCCAGCCAGCUAUCAAGGAGGAGUGGCCAAGCCUCGGGCGGCCGCAACGGGCAGAGCUCCCGCCGCCAGCCGCCGCGCACUUCGAGCCGAAGCUGAUAGCUGCUGACCUCACGACGCACGAGGCGGAAAAGGGAGCCCAAGAGGAGGGGGAGAAGCCAGCAGAACUUGAUGAUACCAUGGUAACAGACAGCUCUCAAUUAGAGGAAGACAACAGUGACGACAUACCUACUGACAUGGAUGGGCUGCUGAGAUGGUGCCUGCUCACAUUUAUGAAGCUGGAUGGCAAAAACAUUGAGCUGCCUCUGAAGACUAACCUCUUAUACAAGAAUCAUUUAAUGACAAUGUGCCCAUCUGACAGAACAUUAGAUGUAAAAAAGUCUUCAUAUAAGAAGUUAUCAAAAUUUCUUGAAGAAAUGCAAAAGGAGGGUCUGCUGGAGCUGCGCGAGCUGGAGAAGGGCGUGUGGGCCGUGACGUGCCUGGCGCUGGGCAGCCCCGCCCUGCGCGCGCACCGCGGCCGCCGCCCCGCGUCCCCGCCCUGCCCCGCGGCCGCCGCGCACUACGCGCCGCCCGCCGUGCGCGAGAUGUUCUGCAUCACCGCCAACGUCGCCGACGUCUUCGCGCCCCUCAAAAAAGGCACCGCUCUGUCUCCUGCAGAAGUACGCACGACGCUCACGGAAUACGUUAAGACUCGCAACCUGAACUCCUCACAAGUUAAGGGGGCGGUCACGUUAGACCCUGCACUCGCGAAGAUUACCGGCAAACAGCCACAGGAAGCUGUGAAAUGGGACGUACUGAUGUCGUGCGUGCAAGCUAAGAUGACGCCCAGCACUGAGAUGAUGUUCUCGGACGGCUCCGUGAAGCUCAGCAAGAGCAAACUGGAGCCCGUCAAGAUGCAGGUCGCCACCAGGAGCGGCAACAAGAAGGUGACGCUGGUAUCGAACCUGGAGCAGUUCGGGUUCAGCCUGGCGGCGCUGAGCCACGUGUGCCAGCUGGGCGUGGCCGCGUCCUGCGGGGUCACGCGCUCGCCCGGCGCGCGCGCGGACCAGCUCAUGCUGCAGGGCGACCAGACACAUUUCAUAGCGAAACUACUCAUAGAAAAGUAUGGCCUCCCCAAAAAGUUUGUGGAGGGAGCUGAUAAGGCACUGAACAAAAAGAAAUGAUUGAGUGUGGACAUCCAAGUGAGGACAGAGAUUAUACAAUCAGUGCAGUGAUACAGAAAGUGAUUAAUAAAUAAAACAACAACAUGA